GUCAUGGGGACGACCCAGGGGAACUCAACCUAGAAGAUGCCCUCAGCCCCAUACAGCCCACGCCCAAGAGACCCAGUAAGCCGGCCGGUGGGACGGGAGGAAGAGACUUCGACCUGGCCGAUUACUUCGACAGUCCUGUGGAGCCCACCAGCAGGCCGGCCAGGCCCACCGCCAGGCCCGUCCCGCGCCCAGGGAAGCCAGACAACGGCUUUUGGGACGUCAUCCGCACCACCACCACCAAGCGGCCAAAAACGACGCAGGCGCCCCGCAAGCAGAACCCAGGGAAGAAUCCUUUGGAUCUGGACUUGGCUGAUGCCCUUGGAGAUGGGGACGAUGCGAGGGGUGGCAGACAGCCGGGUGUGAGGCCGGAGGAAGGAUUUUCAGACAGUGACCUGGAAGGCAUCGUGGAUGACGGCUACAGACCUGACAAGAAGAAAGGAAACGGGGGCAACACUGACAGCCAAGAUAAACAGGUGGAGACGGGCACCAUCGCCGGCAUCGCCAGUGCCCUGGCCAUGGCGCUCGUGGGGGCCGUCUCCAGCUACAUCUCCUACCAGCAGAAGAAGUUCUGCUUCAGCAUCCAGCAGGGACUUAACGCCGAAUACGUGAAAGGGGAGAACAUGGAAGCUGUCGUAAGCGAGGAGCCCCAAGUUAAAUACUCAGUACUGGAAACACAGUCGGCAGAACCCCCGAAACACGACGGUACGAAGGCGUGAGGGCGCGGGCUCCCAUCCCGUCCUGCUGGGAAGGAACCUGGCGGCAGCAAGCACUGAGAUCUCACCCGCUUGUAAUUCAGCUAUUUAUUUCAUUUGAAUCCAAAGCUGUUUGAUGUGUACUUAGGCUUGAACUGGCUUCUUACUGCUCUAGGCUUUAGGGUUAGGAUGGCAGUAUGUGCUUAUUUUCUGUAACGAGAUCUGUUUACAUGGAAGGAGUGCUGUAGGUUUGACUGCGAGUUGUAUGCAAACCGGCAGCAGGUGCUGCAGCAGCGAUCCCGUGUCGGGUAAAGGACGAGGUCUUUUGCGAGUGCAGCUUACAGGUGUGAGGACAGCAAAGUGCCUGUCAGCAGCAACCCAAAGCAAAGCAGCCACCUCCCGCCCUCAGUCUCCCUGUGCCACAGGCCUGCCCUCACUGCCUGGGGCUGCUUCCUCCCCCCGCCCUCUCACACUGAUGCCAAGACGUGGGGACAGACACUUUCUGAUGCACUUUCCCAGAGCAAUGGGAAGUGAAGGGGAAGUGACUGCCUAGUGUAAAAGGAACUCCCUGUCCAUAUGUAGACCUGAAAUACGAUCAUUUUUUUAAAUGUUUUGCAAAUCCCAGAUUGUGUGAAUGUAUGUGGACUAACAAAAGCAUUUCAUUAGACUCAGAGCUGUCAGGCAGACAUGACUGCCACAAGGCCUUGCCGUGAUCCUUGAGAUCCCUUCCACCCCGAGCCAUUCUAGCACUCCACGAGCCUUCUGUCCCACAGCUCCCUUUGAAAGGAAAUGGCCUGGUCACGUUUUAAGUACUUUGCAACAGCCGCACCAUUCUUUUUGCUCUUAACACUUGCAUUUUUAAAGCCUUACACUAGCUCUAACAGAACAACUGCAGCGUUUUACAAGGGAAACAAGUUCUAAGGAUUUAUGGUGCCUCACGUAUUUAGAACACGUAGUCUACAAUACUGCUAUUAACUGUUGCUACUUCACUGUACAAAUGUUUGUGGAUUAGAAAAAAUAGUUCUCUAUCAAUCAGCUGUUCUGAGACUGUAAGUCGGCCUCUACUCCCGUGUAAUUAGCAACAGCAUGAGAGGGAACGGCCUCACUUUGUGCCACGGGAGGGUCAGGUUGGAUGCUAGGAGAUGGUUCUCCCAGAGAGUGGCCAGGUGCUGGGAUGGGCUGCACAGGGAGUGGUGGAGUCACCAGCCCUGGAGGUGUUCAGUAACUGGAGAUGCUGUGCUGAGGGACAUGGUUUAGUGGGAAAUAGUGGUGGUAGGGGGAUGGCUGGACUGGAUGAUGUUGCAGGUCUUUUCCAACCUUGGUGAUUCUACGGUUCUGUGACUCCAUGAUUCUAGGAAAGAUGCAGAAUACUCUCCACACGUUUGUGUACUCAAAGGUCAGAUUCUAAUGGGGGACAACGGUCAGAGAAUUCUGCUGGGCACAGGCAGGAGCGCCGAUGCCAGGGAAGCCAUGUCCCCGGGGUCACGCUGUGCUUCUCCCUUUCCCACACCAUCACCUGUCUUUUCUCUCUUAGCUGAAUGGAUUUGAAAGCUGUAGCAUGAAAAAUGUUUUUACAAAAUGAUUGUACCGAAGGUGUCGCAACGUGGCAUUGAUGAGCACUAGGAGUCGUUUUAGAUUAGACCAAGUGAACGUAAUUCCAUUUCUCUUUGCUGGUGUUGUCUGUGGAUGCAGAUUGUCAGCAUGUUCCCAUGGCCGUGCACAACCUGCAUGCCCAGGGGAUGGGGCAGGGGGAUGCUCAGAGUUGCCUACAGGCCGCAACACACGCUUACCCUCCUUUGGGAAAUGGUUACAGCAGGACGUGGAAGAAACACACGUGUAACUCACAAGUACUGCAGGUGAAAAACAGCCCCGUCAGAAUGCAGAAGCAGACAGCACUGAAGCUCCUUUCCCUAAGGCCUUUUAAAUGACUUUGGUGAAAACUUACGCCUUAAUGUAAUUUCAAGGUAUGUAGUAUAUGGAAAAAUAGAAACGUGCAGUGAAAGGGAUGACUUCUCCAGUAGUUUACAGUAACAAUUAAAAAACUCUCUGGGAUUUUGGAUGGGAAAAUAUUGACAAAUACUGACGUUAAGAAAUUAAACUCCGUCUUGUCUUCAAAACUGGACAGAAACCAAAGCCGUGCUGUGCUGAGGGCCAGCUGAGGCUCAGCCUGUUUCUGUGUGCAGCCGCUUCCUGCUCCGUCUGCCUGGCGCUGGGUGUGAGAUGCAGGGAGCUCAGCCCUCACACCUUCACUCCUUCAGGCAUUACAGCAAGGGAGAGCUCAGCUGUGUUUUCCUGGCAGUGAGGUGAGUGCUGAAAGAAGGGACGCAGCGCUCACCUCUGCAGCCACCUUCAUUUCAUUAGUAUCCAUUCACUUUACAUCGGGAUACGGAAUUUGUGAAAUUCUUUCUGUGUACACGGCCUGAACUUUCUCAUCCUGUAUUAGGCAGUGAAGCAGUGGAAUACUAGGAUGUUUUUUUUCCUGAGUCCCAAAGUACACAGACAGCUGACGUGAGAGCUUACGUGAGGUUGUGCUGUGGGCUCUUUUCUCAUGACACACCUUCAGCUUCAUGGAAGCUCUUUCUGCUGUAAUGGUUCAGAAAAGCUUUCACAAUUACAUAGAAAACACAACUGAAGGAACUUAACCAGCUCUUAUCCUCUUGUUUACCAAUUGCUUGCAUUUUCCUUUGGCAGUACGGUAGCAGGUUCCUCAUUUUAGAAUACUGUGUCAUUGAAUUCUUUGGUUUAGAAUACUCUGUUGUGAAUUUCAGAUUCUUUUUGUUGCUUUAAUAAACUCAGUCAUUUUCUCGCAGCCUCAUUAAGGAACCCCAAGCGCUGCACUGCCCUCAUUCACCUUCAUCUGUGGCGGUAACGGUGGCAUUACUCCGCCGUACCAUCUCAGAUUCUGAAAAAGCAAAAUGCUGAGGCGUGCUCAGGCCUCUACAUUUGGUUCUGCAAUAAAGGAAGUUCAGGAACAAAAGUCUUGUAAAAUUAGAGAGUCAUUUCUGGUGAGUGAAAUCCUUAUCUAAAAGCAAAGCAUACUGCUUACUGAUGCAGAAGCAAUCUAUACCAAAUGAAGGCUGAAUGUUCUGCUGUGAAAAGACUUAAUUUUGCUAACGUGCAUGUAAGGGUCAGUGGGGGGAAAAGAUCAGAAUCUGACGACCUUUGGAAAACAUUAAAACAAAUUGUCUACUAUG